AUGGCGCCCACCGAUAGCUCGCUGAGCCCCGCACCUACAGCAGCCGUCUCCUACCUUAACAGCCAAUCGGGAACAAGCACCGCGGUGAAAAUUGUCAUCAUAAUAGUCCCAGUAAUCAUCGUCCUCACGCUCGCCCUCUGCUGCUACAAGGCCUUCCGCCGCUCCCGCGCGCUGCGCCGUCCGCACACCAAAGAACGCCCGUCCUCCGUGCUCAGCACAUCGUCCUCCUUCCACUCCGCCUACGACCCAGCUACUACUAGCAGCGCAGGCGCCGGCGCUGGCGUCGGACGCACGCCCUCCAAUGCGCAGCUCUUCUCGCCCGUGAACGUCCCUGCAGCCGUGCGCGCCCUCCGUCGUCCCCGGCCCCGGGACCAGGACGGCCAGGAUGCACCGCCGCCGUCCGACUCCGCGCGCCCCGAGUCGACAGCGUCGCUCCCGCCUUACGAGCAGUAUCCGGCUUCGUACGUACCUUGUUUGCGAGAUUCGAAGAGCGGUAGUGCUGCUUUUGCUGCCGCUGCUGUCGCCAAUGCCAGCGACCACAGUCACAAUCGUGCCGACGCGGCUGGCCCGAGACCGUUGCCCGGAGUUCCGACGAUCCAGGUGGAUGACUUCAGCGAGCGCGUCGGCACCGGGUUCGGGGUCGAGGUCGAGGUCGAGGUCGAGGUCGAGCGGGAAUUCGAAUCUGCCAGUGGCGAGGAGGACCACGAUGAGCGGGACGUGAGCUAUCCGCCGGGAUUGGAGCCCGCGCCACAGUACCCGCCGAGAGCUGUAUUCAACUCGCGUCCGAGGCCCGCUUGACCCUCCAGCCAGCUGCCGAUGCCCUACAUCUACGGCGUCGGACAGAAUGCUGCUCUCUCGGCAGCAGCCCCGCCGAGCUGGCUUCGCACGAGCAUAUCCAUCAAACACACUACCUGACCCUCCGGCUGGAAUCCUGCUUCAGAUAUUUAUUCUCGCAUGAUCUCUCACUGAACCUCGCAAACAGGGCUUCACUUGGACACGUAAAUUAUUCACCGGGACUCACAUCAUGUCCGCAGGACGGGACACCACGCUCUCUUCUCUUGUAGCAUCCUCAUCUCACCUGCAUGUGAUACCAAUACAGUACCACUCCACCGAACAUACUUACAGUACAGUAUACCUCUAUACGCCACAGGCAUCCUGCAUGUACCUACCCAUUUUGACAAC